AUGCUGGCAACGUUAGUAUCGGUAGUGAAUUGUACUCAAGCAUUCGUGUGGGGCGUUAUUUACUACAGUUGUCAAACCGGCCAUGUCCUCGUAACCGUUAUCAGAACUAUCUUCGAAUUCGUCUGGGCUUACAUAAAUGGUCUACAAAGAUGUUUAUGCGUUUUCGGAGAAUCGCUGUCGAUAUUCGGUCUUGAUAUAUUACAAAUUUUGCAGAGCUUAUUUUUUGGCGUCACAUCAGUUACAGAACUUGUUUGUGGGACAGUGAUUGCCGUCUAUCUUAAAAUUGCGUGGUUUUUUACCGAGUGCGCUCGAUCAUUAGCACUUAUUUACUCCACAAUCACCAACGUUAUUCUAGUUUUCUGGAAUACUGUGAUGCAAUUGAUUGUAUUAACAAAGAAGCUGAUUCUCUUGUGUGGGUCAGGCGCGUGGUUCGCCGUAACGCUACUUCCAUUUUUCUUUAUAUAUCUCUGCUCAUUGUUCGCUCAAUUUAUGUCAGGGCUCAUUAUUGAGACUUACGAAAUUAUUAUAUACAUCGCCAUUAGUGUUAAAAAUGUCUCUCUAGAUACCAUAAAGUUUCUUUUAGACGUGCCACUUGAAUCCCUAGCUGGACUGUUUGUAAUUUUAAGCAUUUCUUACGUUUUCGCUCAAUUCUACACUAUCACCUCGAGAUGGUUGAAAUUAUUAUUGGGCAAACUCAAAGGGUGGCUUAGAAGGACCAUAACCCUGAGGAUAACUGCAAGGCAUGAACAGAUAUAUGGGAGAAGUACAACUAUUGAGAUUGAGAGACGGCGCGCGCGUGUUGGCCGUCCGUUGGAGCGACUUCGAAACAGACAAGCACAUGUUGCAGAGAAGUCAGAACUUGCAGAUGAAAGGGCCUGUGUUAUAUGCCAGGAGCGUAGCAAAUGCGUUUUAUUGUUGCCCUGCAGACAUUUGUGCCUAUGCACCGAAUGCCAAUCUGAGCUGAGGUACUACAAUGACUUGUGUCCCAUCUGCCGGACUCAUAUUGAUAGGAGCUUGAAAGUUUUUGUAUAAUAAAACUAAAGGGUCUAUUGUUUAUACAUGUUUCAUAAUGAAGACUGUAAUUUUAAUUUUGUAAGUUUAUAUUAUAUUCAGAAUAAAUUUUACUGUG